AUGGCGGAAGAACGUAGAAGUGGCGUUUCUUUUUCUUUUUCUAAGAGGAAGCCUGCUAUUAAGUCUUACAGCUCUGAAAAGAAUGCUCUUAGUAUUGAUGAAGAUAAAGUGAAAGAUGAUGAAAAAGAUUACAUCCAUUCCGCCGAGGAAAAAGAGUUAAAGAGGUAUAUUUCCGUUGCUUGUAGCAUGGCAGUUUAAUUGAUUGGUUUGGACUGGGUUUUAGUGUUAACGUAACGACGUUGUAUAGAAUUAUGACUCAGAAGGUAGGUUAAAACUAAAUCCUUUUAGCUUAUUAACUGAACAAUAAAUUGACAUUAAUUCAGAUAUUCCAAAGGUAUCACAAAAAAGUAGUGUUGAUGUGCUGCAUUUUCUUUUUUACUAGAUGCUCUGCCUGACAAAUGUGAGAACUGGUUUAAAUAAAUACUUAUUGUGUCAACGUAAUAACUAAUAAUGUAUACCUCAUCUGCUUGUAACUGUUUUUCACUUUACUGCCAGCUCAGAUCAGGGGAGGUACUCCUUUAAGGGCUAUACAAGUAUAUGCUGCUAAAGAGGGUAUGCUUUUGCCUCUCUUACUCAUGAACAGGACAUAAAAAUCACCCUUUAUCUCUGGAAGAGAGCUAUAUUUUACUUCAUUUGACUCUAGAGCAUGGUUGAUUUUCCUGCACAAUUCCUAAUUAUUCUCAAUCAAGCUUAGGUGCAAAAUUUGCCCUUUCCUCCUUGUUGUACAACUGAGCCAGUCAUAGGAAAAGGAUUCCUAUUUUUGUAACUGUUGCAAAUUCAUCUCUUUUUGUCUGUCCACAGUCUCAAAGACUCAGUGGUACACCCCCAUAGUAAGUUUAAGGGAGUGCCCACUUCCCCCUGGGACUGCCACAGGGCAAACUCCUUAUUUGCCUCAUUUCCCUGUAAGCUGUUUGUAACAGGCUUUCUUUGUACAAAAGUCCUGCUUGUGAGUUGCACUCACAGUAAUUAUUUUUUCAUGAAUGAAAAUAAUUAAGUUUAUCUUUUUCUGUUUCCAGUGUUAAAGGAGAAAAUAAGCAGAAAGAAAAAGUGAUUCCUUGUCUUGCUAAGAAUCGUUGGAUUCUACCUCCUGAUUCUAAAUUUUCCAACAGUUUAGACAGGCAGGCGGCUGAGGAGUUGAUGAAAGGUGAGCUUUAUGAACUAACACCUUUACAGGUGGGGGAUUCCUGUACCUUCUUUUUGCCUUCUAAUGAAGUUCAUUUUACUGGCUUAAAUAGACUCAGGGAUGGCAGACUGCGGCAAAGUGAAGGAUUACUUGAUGGGAAUAACCUCAAGCCAGGUCUCAAGAUUAUUUUUCAGUAAUUGCCUCACAUUUUGUGGCUGAUACAGUGUUAUUUGUUUUAAAUUUUUUUGUUUCAAAGAUAUUUCAGAAGGUGAUAAAGCAGACACUGAAAAUGAGAAUGUUUCAAUUCCACUGCUUUUGAGAAAUGCUUUGCCUGAUGUUGAGGGAUUUGAUAAGGAUGAAAAGCUGGAUAUUGCAAUGAGGCCAGAUCAGGUGAGUUAGCCAGGGAUAUGAGCAGUACAGCUGUUGUUUUUAUUCUCAAAAGUAACUUGCAUCUCUGCCAAUGCUUUUCCCAGCUAAUGCAGCUCAUGAUAAGGUCUUGCACUGUAAUCCAUAAGGUGGUGUCUUAUCUGAUGUGAAACAUGCUAAAAAGUUGUCUGCAUUUACAUUAUUCAACCUUUUCACAACAACGAAGAAUAAUGCCAUGAGUUAAUACUUAGAGCUCAAUGGAAGACUAUCAAGAUAUGCCUGUGACAUCAUUUGGUGCAGCCAUGUUGCGAGGAAUGGGAUGGAAAAAAGGAGAAGCCAUUGGAGGAACCAACAAAGGGUAUGACAAUAUUCCUAUUGUUGUUGUGUUUUUUGGAGAUGUUGUUGGUUCACUUGACAAUUCAUUAGUAAUUUUACAUGAGAUAAUACCCUCAGUUGCAUCUAAGCGUGUACACAUGACCAAAAAACAUGUUCUAAUUGGGUGAAAACGUGACAUGUUUUGCCACCAAACUGUGUGAGUCCCUGGAGGAAAUGAAACUUCCUCUUUCAUAAUAAGGUAGGAAGCAUACAAAGCGUCAUCAUAAGCUGGGCUAUAGUGAUUUCACAAAGUACUUGCAGUUGUAACAUAUUUACAGUGUAAUGUAUCAAGACAUUGCCAAUGUCUUGGUUUGCUCUCAGUAUUCUUAUUGUGGGAACCAAAGGAAUAUCAUGGCUCAUAGUUGCAUCGUUGCAACCCUACUCUUUCUCAUAUGUUAGUUAACUUUCCCAGGUGCUUGAACACCUCAGUCCGAGAGAAGUUCUCUGUUUUCCAAUCAGAUUGUAUUCUUUAGCCUUGCAGAGCCAAUAGAGUACAUUCCAAGAUCCAAGGGAUUGGGUUUAGGAGCAGAAAGGAGACCACCUGCAGAUGAAAAUAGACUUGGAAAGAAACGAAAACCAGGCGACACAGCUUCAAGCAAUGUAAGGUCAAGGAUUUAAGAUUUUUUUUCUUCAAAGCUUAUUGAGGUUCGUCCUUUAGGGAAUGGCCAAAUCUGUUGACACUUUUGAAACAUUUUUAAGGACGCAUCUGUUUAGUAAGGCUUUUCAUUCUUAGUUAGGUUUGCUUAAUACCUAUACACAACUAUGUAAUUUUUAUUUAUGUUUAGCAAAACUUUUAAAGACAUACCUUUUAGUAAGGCUUUUUAUUCUUAGUUAGGUUUUUUGAUAUUAUACACAACACAUGAUGUAAUUCUUAUUUAUCAUUUAGUUAUUUUUAUUCUAUGUAUUGUUGUAAUGUGCAGUUGAUCAUCUCGUCAUGAAAACUGUACAAUGUAAAUUCUUAAUUAUUAUUAUUAUUAUUAUUUAUAUUAUUAUUAACAAUGCUGUUUGUAUUAAUAUUUUCUGUGCAAAGGGUGUGGUUAGUUAUUGUGUGAAUUAAUCUUAUUUUGUUUUCUGUUUGCAGAUGUCAGGCCCUAUCAAGGAAGAAAGUGGUCGGGUUAGACACUAUAAAGGUGUAGGAGAGCAAGUCCAACUAGAAACAUCAUUGGGUAAAUCCAGCUAGGUUUAACUUUGUUCUUAUUGAAAUAUUCUCCCAUUCUGUCAACAGAGCCAGAAAACAGGGAAAAGUUAUUAUAAAGAGAUCUUUUUGAGUGAUAGUGAAUUUUAUUUUAGAUUAUAGACCUGGAGUAGCAGUGAUUAUUGAAAAAGGACCUCACAAGAAUAUAUGUGGAAAAGUAAGUAUCUUCUCCAAGUGAACUCAUUGUUGCCAGUCCCAUGUUGAUAAAUUUAUUCCAUCUGGCAUUUUGACUAGUGAGAGGUGUGUUUUUUUUUUCACAGAUAGUGGCUGUAGACAUAGAUACUUCAAGAAUUACUGUUCAACUCCAUCUUAGUAAAGAGGUUUGAGAGAAGGAAUGCAUGUUAUGAUGAAAUAGUAUUGCAUUGAUUGCUGUAAAUGUACCUUGUGUCUACAGUUAUUACACACAUAAUACAAUCAAAAGGGUUCAAUCCAGUACAAAGUUUUUUAAUAAUUUAUUUCUUUUGGGAAUUGUAUUGUUAGUAAUAGAUGGUUACUGAAAUAAGGAUCUUUGAUACAUGUCCUGCAAUCAAUGCCAAAAAAAUUGAAAGUUGUCGUAGUUGGAGUGAAUCUUAUUGUAUGCUUCAUGUAAAAGAAGUCCUUUUUUGAGAGAUAUUGGAAAACUAAAAGCAUCUGAUACCAAGAAUUCCUUGGUAUGUUACUUUUGUUUGAAAUACAUGUUCGGUCCACUUUCAUCUCUUCUCUGCAGUCCAAUAACAUUACUGCUUGAUGUUUUCUUAUUAAAUACAACAUUUUUUCCUUACAAGUUUUAAACUUGUUGUUUCCUCUAGAAUGUUGCAAUACAUCAAUAUAAUGCAAGACUCUUAGAUGACUUUGAAUACAAGACACUUCUAUCAAGAAAAGGUAAAGAUUUUAUAAAAAUGGGAAGAAAAAGACCAGUAAAUUCUGAGUGUGGUACAUGAAAUAACAAGUUGAUUGUGUNUCUUGAGGAAUUCAUGAUCGUAAGAUUUCGUAACCACGGGGUAUUCGCCUAUAGCUAAUUGCAUCAAACAAAUGACAUUCAUUUUCAUGAAUGAUGCAUCAUUGGUUGGCUAAAAGAGGCCUUGUUCCUGUAAAUUUUAGCUCUUCUGAAGUUAGUUUGUUUGUAAAUUGUAACGCACGCGACGACCUUCCUUUUUUUUGAAAGAUCGUAUAGACCUACCAUUAACACUCUGAUCCAAGGGCUCUGAAGUGAAUGAGCCGCUUACAGGUGUCUAGGCAUGCAGGGACCUCAUACACUUCUUUUUAAAUGCAAAUGUGCAAAAAAUAAAGAGUGUUAAAAAUUCCUGGAGAGGCAUGUUUUACAACCUCGUCCCCAGGGCUUAAUAAAAAGGUAGAAAAAGGUAAAGCGACCAUAUUUUACGUCAAUAACUCGUGACAGUAAUAAUAAGUGAUAAACUUGAGGUCGACGGUGCGCUCCUUUUACCACCCUCUCUCCAUUAAUUCUCCGUUUUAAGGGUAUUUAAAGCUAGUCAAAGCUACUAGAAAAAAGAGAAGUUGAAAUAAGGAGGUGUUGACACCGGGCUCGAACUCGGGACCUCUCGCCCCGAAGGCUGCGCACUAACCAACUGUGCCACCCUUGCUCCUCCUUUUCCCCCUGAGGACGAGGUUGACAUGUUUUAAUCAUUAUCUCAAGGACAGGGUUACCAACGAAGCAAAUUAUAAUCUAAUCUUAGCUGCACAAUUACAAAGUGGGCGCGUUGUCAGUUACGGUUCAUGAGGUCGUUCAUGUGGCAUGUCAAGCCUUAACGAUUCUAUCGUUUAGGAUGUGAUACAUUUGAGUUUUAUGUUGUUGUAUAACAUCUUUGAAAGCUGGCUUUGUGAUCUGUUUAAACUGAUAUGAAGUGAUAUUAUCACUGGCAAGUCUUAGCAGUGACACUGAUAGCCGCACAGUCCGCACAAUGAACAUGGCCACACUUACCGUGUGGAGACUGGGCACUAGUCAGUAUUAUGUACAUGUAAAACUACUUUGAAUAGUGUAACAACAACUAAACAUUACCAAAUUAAAAACUUAAAAAUUUGCAACAAAUGUUUUUUAGCCAAAUCAAACAAGAAGAGUACUCACCACAGGCACCCAAUCUGCAUUAUAGGUGAAAGUUGACCCCCCCUUUUAUCUGUAAUUAGGACCAUUUGUAACGGGCACCCCCUCCAGUAUUAAUCGGUAGGUGCUAAGGAAGCUCUGUGCCAAAUUUGACACUUUUGUCACGUCUGUAACGAUCCGGCCAAUAUUUGGCACUAAGAAACCUGACUAUAAGUGGACCAUAUGUUGGUAAACCAACCAACAUUGCAUGUUGGAAGCAGUGGCAAGACCGACCCAAGACCGCUUCUUCAUUGUUGUCCGCUAACAAAAGAACGGUCAAGCAUGCUACUUGGAGCAAUAUAUGUCAUCUCUGAUACACUGUUCUCAGAGCUGUAUGUAAUUGCGAGUCUUCUCUUUGUAUCUUUUGCAAUUAAUUGCCAAACAAAGGCACUGUAUUUUGAUGUUUUGCUAAAAAGUCCUAGCAGUAACUAGCCGUGCAUCAAGUGUAUAGCACAGGGACACCUGCUUAUUCCCUUGUUUUAACAAAGUGCAACUUUUGAAAGAGGAUCAACAAAGGUUCGACUUUUGCUACCAUGCUGGAAUUUUGUGGACUCUUUCAUGGACCUAUCUCUAAUUUAUUCGACAUGACUUAGAUUUGACGUUUGCCCCAUGCUCAAGGUGCUUUUUCCUUAGUAAGACUCCAACAACAUAUAGACGUCAGUGAACUUGGUUGAGAGAAAGAAAAGAUAGUCUUUCUUGGGUUAACUAGAUUUCCCUUUAUUGUAUAAAAUAUUUGCAAAUAAUUUUUUAAGUGAAGUAUGAAAACAAAAGAAUUAAAAGCUGUCUGGAAAUUAGAAAGACCACCAGCGACACAAAUGAUAGAUUGUGAAUUGACAUUUUUUAUCCCAGGACAUACUGCAGUAUCCUUCAGGUUCACUUUCAUGGUUUUACAGUCACCUCUUAUAAGGAUAACCUUUCCUCCCUUUUUUUAAAUAAUAAAUCUGUUUUAAAAAUGAUUUAAGACAAUGCAAAGAAGAAGGACAGUAGAACAGGAAAGGAACAAAUACGACUGAAAACGGAUGGUGAAAAUCAUACAAAGUAAGCUUUAAACUCUCUUUACUGCGUUGUCAUCAAUCAGUAUUUUUUUAUGCUUAAAAAUUUAUGUUAGCAAUGCUAAAACUGCAUUUCAACCUCUUGAAGGCAGUCAGACAUUUCUGUCUGAGACUGAAUUUUGUCUUGAUGGAUGCAAGUUGUCCUUUAGAGAGAUUUAAUGAACCAUUUUUACCCAACUUCUAUUGGUAGAAUGGAGAACUAUGGGGAGCCCUGCACGACUAACCUUGAUCCAAUGUACUCACGACACACUGAAGUAGUUCUACUUUUUUACAUUAAUUUUGAAAGGGUUUUGGAAACUUUGUGGAAAUGUUAGAAGGUAAGGAUUGGCACAUGAGUACUUUAAGACUGGCAUCUUUCUUUGUAGAGAAGGGUACCAUGAGGGAAGCAAAUAUCCCAAGAAGGAUAAGGAUAGCUCUAUGAGCAAAUCUGGGAACUCAAAUGACCACCAUAGGGAAAAAGUCAAAUGCUGGUUAUUUCCUCAAACAAGGGUGAGGAUCAUCAGUAAGGAUUAUGAGAAAGGCAAAUAUUACAACAAAAAGGUAAAAACGACUAAAAAAUAGAGGAUAUUACAUGGCCGCGCGGAGAUACGAAAUUUCUCUUUGAGUGUUGAAAAAUAUUUCACGAGUGAGCGCAGCGAACGAGUGAAAUAUUUUCAACACGAGAAGAGAAAUUUUGUAUCUCCAAGCGGCCAUGUAAUGUUCUAUUUAUUAUAUAAAUUUUAAUGAAAUACCAAACCAUUUCAAUGAAACAGUUUUUUCCUGCGAUAGGCGCGAUUUAUUUCGUAGCCAUCGCAACGGCGAUUUUCACUUGUGAAGAUAUCAUGUUUUCGCGCGAAAGCUCACCUGGUAUUUCAUUGGUGUUUAUAUAAUAAAAAUUGAUAUUAUAAUAAAUUAUACCAUUGGUUUGGAUUUUCCAUUAUUAUCACUCUGAAUAUUUUAAAAGAAGUUGGAGUUAAAACCAUACAGAAAAAAAUCAAGGAUUCCUCCAUGUCUUUGCAAAGGUUCAAAUAGUUGAUGUGGUCAGCACAGAAAGGUGUGUGUGUCAAACUGAUGAGGGAAGGUUUCUUGAAGGUAAGAGCAGAAUAGAAGCAUGUAAACUUUUUUGUAACAUAGUAAACAGGCAAGAUUAAAAUAAUGAAAUAAAAACACAAUGUUCAGGGUACAAUUUUUGGGGUGGCUGGGUGAGGACUAGGACAAGAUAUCGCAAAAAUGCAAUAACUAACCUAAAAUGACAGUGCACAUUAAAGAAACUCUUUUAGUUUGUCUCGUUGCUAAAGUAACUGGCAUAUUGUGACAGCCAUUGAGCAAGAAACAACAGUAAGUAUACCAUGCCAGGUUUAGGAAUGAAUUUUCUUUUUUUCUUUCUUAGUACGCCUGAACAACGUACUAUAUUUUCUGUAAAAAAAAAGACAGGCCAUAAUCUAUUUUUAGUGAAGAGCUGGAUUCCGAGCUCNCACUGGCAAGUCUUAGCAGUGACACUGAUAGCCGCACAGUCCGCACAAUGAACAUGGCCACACUUACCGUGUGGAGACUGGGCACUAGUCAGUAUUAUGUACAUGUAAAACUACUUUGAAUAGUGUAACAACAACUAAACAUUACCAAAUUAAAAACUUAAAAAUUUGCAACAAAUGUUUUUUAGCCAAAUCAAACAAGAAGAGUACUCACCACAGGCACCCAAUCUGCAUUAUAGGUGAAAGUUGACCCCCCCUUUUAUCUGUAAUUAGGACCAUUUGUAACGGGCACCCCCUCCAGUAUUAAUCGGUAGGUGCUAAGGAAGCUCUGUGCCAAAUUUGACACUUUUGUCACGUCUGUAACGAUCCGGCCAAUAUUUGGCACUAAGAAACCUGACUAUAAGUGGACCAUAUGUUGGUAAACCAACCAACAUUGCAUGUUGGAAGCAGUGGCAAGACCGACCCAAGACCGCUUCUUCAUUGUUGUCCGCUAACAAAAGAACGGUCAAGCAUGCUACUUGGAGCAAUAUAUGUCAUCUCUGAUACACUGUUCUCAGAGCUGUAUGUAAUUGCGAGUCUUCUCUUUGUAUCUUUUGCAAUUAAUUGCCAAACAAAGGCACUGUAUUUUGAUGUUUUGCUAAAAAGUCCUAGCAGUAACUAGCCGUGCAUCAAGUGUAUAGCACAGGGACACCUGCUUAUUCCCUUGUUUUAACAAAGUGCAACUUUUGAAAGAGGAUCAACAAAGGUUCGACUUUUGCUACCAUGCUGGAAUUUUGUGGACUCUUUCAUGGACCUAUCUCUAAUUUAUUCGACAUGACUUAGAUUUGACGUUUGCCCCAUGCUCAAGGUGCUUUUUCCUUAGUAAGACUCCAACAACAUAUAGACGUCAGUGAACUUGGUUGAGAGAAAGAAAAGAUAGUCUUUCUUGGGUUAACUAGAUUUCCCUUUAUUGUAUAAAAUAUUUGCAAAUAAUUUUUUAAGUGAAGUAUGAAAACAAAAGAAUUAAAAGCUGUCUGGAAAUUAGAAAGACCACCAGCGACACAAAUGAUAGAUUGUGAAUUGACAUUUUUUAUCCCAGGACAUACUGCAGUAUCCUUCAGGUUCACUUUCAUGGUUUUACAGUCACCUCUUAUAAGGAUAACCUUUCCUCCCUUUUUUUAAAUAAUAAAUCUGUUUUAAAAAUGAUUUAAGACAAUGCAAAGAAGAAGGACAGUAGAACAGGAAAGGAACAAAUACGACUGAAAACGGAUGGUGAAAAUCAUACAAAGUAAGCUUUAAACUCUCUUUACUGCGUUGUCAUCAAUCAGUAUUUUUUUAUGCUUAAAAAUUUAUGUUAGCAAUGCUAAAACUGCAUUUCAACCUCUUGAAGGCAGUCAGACAUUUCUGUCUGAGACUGAAUUUUGCCUUGAUGGAUGCAAGUUGUCCUUUAGAGAGAUUUAAUGAACCAUUUUUACCCAACUUCUAUUGGUAGAAUGGAGAACUAUGGGGAGCCCUGCACGACUAACCUUAAUCCAAUGUACUCACGACACACUGAAGUAGUUCUACUUUUUUACAUUAAUUUUGAAAGGGUUUUGGAAACUUUGUGGAAAUGUUAGAAGGUAAGGAUUGGCACAUGAGUACUUUAAGACUGGCAUCUUUCUUUGUAGGGAAGGGCACCAUGAGGGAAGCAAAUAUCCCAAGAAGGAUAAGGAUAGCUCUAUGAGCAAAUCUGGGAACUCAAAUGACCACCAUAGGAAAAAAGUCAAAUGCUGGUUAUUUCCACAAACAAGGGUGAGGAUCAUCAGUAAGGAUUAUGAGAAAGGCAAAUAUUACAACAAAAAGGUAAAAACGACUAAAAAAUAGAGGAUAUUACAUGGCCGCGCGGAGAUACGAAAUUUCUCUUCUCGUGUUGAAAAUAUUUCACUCGUUCGCUACGCUCACUCGUGAAAUAUUUUUCAACACUCGAAGAGAAAUUUCGUAUCUCCAAGUGGCCAUGUAAUGUUCUAUUUAUUAUAUAAAUUUUAAUGAAAUACCAAACCAUUUCAAUAAAGCAGUUUUUUCCUGCGAAAGGCGCGAUUUAUUACGUAGCCAUCGCAACGUCGAUAUUUUCACAUGUGAAAAUAACAUGUUAUUUUCACUUGUGAAGAUAUCAUGUUUUCGCGCGAAAGCUCACCUGGUAUUCUAUUGGUGUUUAUAUAAUAAAAAUUAAUAUGAUAAUAAAUUAUACCAUUGGUUUGGAUUUUCCAUUAUUAUCACUCUGAAUAUUUUUAAAAAAUCAAGGAUUCCUCCAUGUCUUUGCAAAGGUUCAAAUAGUUGAUGUGGUCAGCACAGAGAGGUGUGUGUGUCAAACUGAUGAGGGAAGGUUUCUUGAAGGUAAGAGCAGAAUAGAAGCAUGUAAACGUUUUUGUAAAAUAGUAAACAGGCAAGAUUAAAAUAAUGAAAUAAAAAACACAAUGUUCAGGGUACAAUUUUUGGGGUGGCUGGGUGAGGACUAGGACAAGAUAUUGCAAAAAUGCAAUAAAGAACCUACAAUCACAGUGCACAUUAAAGAAGCUCUUUUGGUUUGUCUCGUUGCUAAAGUAACUGGCAUAUUGUGACAGCGAUUGAGCAAGAAACAACAGUAAGAGCGUAGUUAGCAACUGGAAUUUUUUUUGGUAUUCAUGCGUUGGUCAUUGCAAUAAAGACCCAGAAACCCCCAAACGAGUUGUGUAUUUAUACCAAUGACAAAAUGUGAUUACACAGUUUACCNUCCAUUAUUAUCACUCUGAAUAUUUUUAAAAAAUCAAGGAUUCCUCCAUGUCUUUGCAAAGGUUCAAAUAGUUGAUGUGGUCAGCACAGAGAGGUGUGUGUGUCAAACUGAUGAGGGAAGGUUUCUUGAAGGUAAGAGCAGAAUAGAAGCAUGUAAACGUUUUUGUAAAAUAGUAAACAGGCAAGAUUAAAAUAAUGAAAUAAAAAACACAAUGUUCAGGGUACAAUUUUUGGGGUGGCUGGGUGAGGACUAGGACAAGAUAUUGCAAAAAUGCAAUAAAGAACCUACAAUCACAGUGCACAUUAAAGAAGCUCUUUUGGUUUGUCUCGUUGCUAAAGUAACUGGCAUAUUGUGACAGCGAUUGAGCAAGAAACAACAGUAAGAGCGUAGUUAGCAACUGGAAUUUUUUUUGGUAUUCAUGCGUUGGUCAUUGCAAUAAAGACCCAGAAACCCCCAAACGAGUUGUGUAUUUAUACCAAUGACAAAAUGUGAUUACACAGUUUACCAUGCAAUAUACAUGACAAUGCUUACAUGGCAGCAUCACAUAAAAGUAAAACCCAACUAAGCUAUUCCACCUCUCUUUAUUUUUGAAAAAAAAAAUCUGUUGAUUUGUCUGUAGUUUCUUCGGUUUUGACUCUUUGUUUUGCUGUCUUUGUUUAGACAUACCACAAUCAGCAUUGGAGACAGUUGUACCCAAAACACUGGAUUCCUAUGUCAGAGUAGUCAAGGGUGAUCACAAAGGACAGGUUAGCAACUUCUGUUUUACUUUCUGA